CUGCGCUGUAGACGGUAGAAGGAACGCCCGCGGUUCCGUCCCAGAGCCUCAGACAUCAUGGUGUUUGAAUCUCUGGUCAGCGACCUGCUCAACAGGUUCAUUGGGGACUACGUGGAGAACCUGGACAAGUCCCAGCUGAAGAUCGGUAUCUGGGGAGGAAAUGUGGUCCUGGAGAACCUGAGGGUGAAGGAAAAUGCCCUGAGCGAAUUUGAUGUUCCCUUCAAAGUAAAAGCGGGACAGAUUGAGAAGCUGACAUUGAAGAUUCCCUGGAAGAAUCUGUACAACGAUGCAGUGGUGGCCACACUGGAAGGUCUCUACCUGCUGGUUGUUCCUGGAGCCACUGGAUCUGAGCUGAAAACAAGACCAUUUAACGCCAUAAAGUACGAUGCAGCCAAGGAGGAGCGUUACCAGCAGGAGGCCAAGCAGAGGGAGCUGCAGCGCAUCGAGGAGGCUUUACAGAUGGCUGCACGCAGAGCAUCUCAGUCUGGAGAUCUGCUCUUCGGUCUGGAGAGCGUUGUUUACAAGGAGCCGCAAAAUGUCCCAAAAGGACGUAAAAAAUAUAAAAAGCACAAAAAAGGUUUGAAGAAGCUGAAGCGACAGGAAAACAAAGCAGACAAAACUCAAGAGGAGAAGAAGGACACGUUUGUGGAGAAGCUGGCCACUCAGGUGAUCAAGAACCUGCAGGUGACCAUCAGCAACAUCCACCUGCGCUACGAGGACGAUGUGUCAGACCCCCAGCGCCCCCUGUCCAUGGGAGUUACACUGUCAGAGCUCAGCCUGCAGACCACUGAUGAGAACUGGAAGGCGUGCAUCCUGAACGAGGCGGCUAAGAUCAUCUACAAGCUCGGCCGUCUGGAGAGUCUCUGUGCCUAUUGGAACGUCAACAGUCCCCUCUUCUACAAAGGAUCAUGGGAGGAGAUACUGGAGCGGUUGAAGUGCGGGAUCAGCAGUCAAGACCAGGAGCUUCCUCAAUAUCAGUACAUUUUCAAGCCCAUCUUUGCUUCUGCUAAAAUCUGCAUUAACCCCAACGCGGAGCUGGAGCUGAAGUCUCCCAAGAUGAGUCUUCACAUGGAGGUCCAAAACAUCGCCAUAGAGAUGACCAAACUGCAGUACCUGACCAUGGUGGAGAUGCUGGAGUCCAUCGACUGCAUGGUGAAGAACGCCCCCUACAGGAAGUUCAGGCCAGACGGCCCCGUCCACAGGAACGCCAAACUCUGGUGGAAGUACGGCUUCAACAGCAUCAUGGAGGUCCACGUUCGCCGCUGCACUCACAUGUGGUCCUGGUCCAACAUCCAGCAGCACCGGCAGAACCUGCGGGCCUACAAGAGCGCUUACAAGAGCAAACUGAUGAACCAGAACAAGCCGGCCCCAGACACGGAGCAGCAGGUCCAGGGCCUGGAGAAGGUUCUGGAUGUGUUCAACAUCACUCUGGUGCGGCAGCAGGCUCUCAUGGAGGUGGUCCGGUCCGGGCAGAAGGUGAAGAAGGCGGGGGUCCAGAAGCAGGGAGGAGGAUUCUUCAGCGGCUGGUUCGGGAGAAAGCCCAAGAAGGAGGACCAGGAGCUGGAGGAGAGCAAGGAGUUGGAGGGUUCGGGACUGGACCAGAUCAUGACGGUUGAGGAGAAAGAGAAGCUCUACACCGCCAUCGGCUACAGCGGCAGCUCCCACAACCUGACUCUACCUGCACAGUACGUGGCGAUGGUCGUCACCUUCCAGCUGCUGAGGACGUCGGUGACGCUCCGAGAGCAGUACGACGUCCCAGAGAUCCUCAAGAUCCAGAUGAUCAACCUGAGCAGCAAGAUCCACCAGAGACCCGGAGCCCAGGCUGUCAGGCUGGAGCUGGUCCUGGAACACUGGUUCGUGACGGGCCUGCAGCAGCAGGGGGCCGUGCCCUCGCUCAUCGCCUCGGUGGGCGACUCGUCGUCCUCUCUGCUCAGCGUGGUGUUUGAGCAGAACCCCAGAGACAGCUCCGCGGACCAGCUGCUCCGAGUCCAGUCCCAGCCCGUGGAGAUGAUCUACGAUGCGGUGACGGUUAACAGCUUGGUGGACUUCUUCAAGACGGAGAGAGGAGUGGACCUGGAGGUCCUGACGUCUGCAACGCUGUCCAAGCUGGAGGAGAUCAAAGAGAAGACCUCCACAGGUCUGUCUCACAUCAUUGAGACCAGGAAGGUCCUGGACCUGAGCGUGGACCUCAAACCCUCCUACCUGCUGGUGCCCAUGUCGGGCUUCUACAGCGACUCGGCGGACCUGGUCAUCGUGGACUUUGGUAGCCUCCAGCUGCACAGCGUUGAGCAGAGCGCCUUCACCUCCUCCUCUGCGUCCUUCUCGUCCCUGGAGGAGAUCAUGGACCGAGCCUACGACAGGUACACCGUGGAGCUGAGGAAGGUUCAGUUGCUCUACAGCAAGUCAGGUGAGGCCUGGAAGUCCGCUCGGCUGCAGGCUUCAUCGGUCCAGCACAUCCUCCAGCCCAUGGACUUCACCCUCCAGCUGGCCAAGUGCAUGGUGGAGAAGGAUGCCAGGAUGCCCAGGUUUAAGGUGUCUGGCGAGCUGCCGCUGCUGCACGUUAAGAUCUCAGACCAGAAGAUCCAGAAUGUUAUGGAACUGGUCUACAGUAUCCCCAUCCCUGAGAUGGACUCCUCCCCCAAGAAGCCCCCAGAGAAGACCUUGUCUUUGGCUGAGGCCAGACCCCGGACAGCCGGCCUUCACCCCGCCCUCCUCGGCUCUCUGGAAACAGAUUCAGAUGAGGACGCCAGCGAGAAGUCGACGGAUGAGGAGCAUCAGAGCCUCACUCUGGAGGAACUCACUAACGUUCAUUUCAAGUUUGAAGUCCGAGAGGUGCUGCUGGAGCUGACCAGGCAGGAGAACCAGGAGAAGACCAUCCUGUCCUUCAGCGUCAGCCAGCUGGGAGCUGAAGGACAGAUGAGGAGCUUCGACCUGAGCGUCACCUCGUACCUGCGACGGGUUGCUCUCGACUACUGCGACGUACCAGGGGGCAGGGAUCAGCCGCUACACCUGAUCAGGUCCUCAGAGCAGCAGAGCUCCAACCUGCUGAAGGUGGAGUUCAUCAAGGCCGACCCGAGCGGGCCCAGCUUCCAGACGCUCUUCAACAACACGGAGCAGAUGCUGAAGGUGGAGUUCUCCUCCCUGGACUUCCUGCUCCACAGCAAAGCUCUGCUGUCCACCAUCAGCUUCCUGAGCAACGCCGUGCCGCCGCAGCUCAGCGCCCCCCGCAGCCAGGAGGCCGGGAAGAGGGCGGAGAGGGCGGGGCUGGCCCCGGCAGCGUCCAAAGGAGUUAAAGACGGCGACGUGUUCAGCUUCAAGCUCCAGGCCGUGCUGGGCUGCUUCCACGUGGAGGUGUGUGACGACCUCCGCUGCAUCGCCGACAUACGGGUCCAAGGGAUCGACGCCUCGGUGCUGGUGCAGGCCAAGGAGACGGAGGUGUUUGCUCGACUCAGGGACAUCGUGGUGACAGACUCCAACCCCAACACCAUCCACAGGAAGGCCGUGUCCAUCGUGGGUGAGGAGGUGUUCAGCUUCAAGCUCUCCCUGUUCCCGGCGGCGACGGAGGGCGAGGGCUACGGUGACAUGUCCAAGGUGGACGGGAAGGUCACCCUGCGCCUGGGCUGCAUCCAGAUCGUCUACCUGCACAAGUUCCUCAUGUCCCUCCUGGCUUCUUUUAGCGUUCAGUCUGCAUCUGCUGACGAGAUGUUUGUGGACAACUUCCAGACGGCCAAAGAGGCGCUGAGCGCCGCGACGGCGCAGGCAGCGGAGCGGGCGGCCUCCAGCGUCCGGGACUUUGCCCAGAAGAGUUUCCGUCUGUCCAUGGACGUCCGGCUGAAGGCCCCGCUCAUCAUCAUCCCGCAGUCCUCGUCCUCCCAUGAUGCCGUGCUGGUGGACCUGGGUCUGAUCACGGUGGGGAACCGCUUCACUCUGCUGCCGGCUGCAGACGUGCCGCUGCCCGUGGUGGUGGAGGAGAUGGAUGUGAAGCUGACCCAGCUGAAGCUCUGCAGAACCACUCUGAACCAGAACAGUCAGCCUGACAUCGAGAUCCUGCAGCCCAUCAACCUGGAGCUGCUGGUCACCAGGAACCUGGCGGCGUCCUGGUUCCCCAGGAUCCCCGGGGCCCGGGUGCAGGGGGGGCUCCAGUCCCUCAACAUGAGUCUGGGUGAGGAAGACCUCUGUGUGCUGAUGAAGGUUCUGGUAGAGAACAUCGGGGAAGGGAGUAGAGAAUACAACAUAGACGUCAAACGGCAGGUGGCCCGAGAGCGGGCGGAGCAGUCUGGGUCUUUCCAGUCAGGACCGGACAAGCAGGCGGUCACCGCCAACGGAGGACCCACCGAAAACACCGUCAACCUUCUGCUCGACUUCGAGGUCAAAGAGGUGCUGCUGACCCUGAAAAAGCCCAGAGAGGAGAGGGAGUGGCCCUUCCUGCUGUUCCAGGCGUCUCAGCUGGGCAUCAACACCAAGCUCAGGAAGUACGACAUGUGUGCCACCACCUACGUCAACAAGGUCUCCAUGAAGAGCCUGGAGUUCAAAGACUCCAGCGGCGAGCCGCUUUGCCUCAUCAACUCUUCAGCUGAGUCUGGAGCCGAACUGCUCAAAGUCCAGUACUGCAAGGCGGACCGCUGCGGACCCAACUUCUCCACCGUCUACAAGAACACGGAGCAGACGAUCAAUGUCACCUUCACCUCCCUGGACGUCAUGCUGCACACCCAGGCUCUUCUGUCGGCCAUCAACUUCCUGUCCGGAGCGCUGGCCUCCAGCAGCGUGUCGGCUCUGGAGAGAGACGCUCCACGGAAGACGGAAGACAAGGCCGAGUCGGCCAAGUCCACUCCCCUGGUUUCCCCUGCGGAGUGUGAGGUCAUAGACCUGAAGGUGAUGAUGAUGCUGGGAGCCUUCAACGUCCUGGUGUGUGACCAGAGCUGCAACAUGGCUGACAUCAAGAUCCAAGGUAUAAACGGCUCUCUGCUGGUGCAAGGACCUCAGACCCGCAUCUCCGCCCGCCUCCGAGACGUCAUCGUCCUGGACGUGGAUCCCAACACCAUCCACAAGAAGGCCGUUUCCAUCGUUGGAGACGAAGUGUUCAGCUUCUCCAUGAGUCUGACUCCCAACGCCACUGAGGGUGCCGGGUACGCCGACACCUCCAAGACCGACGGGCGGGUCAAGCUGAACGUAGGCUGCAUCCGGGUGGUUUACCUGCACAAGUUCAUCCUGUCUCUGCUGACCUUCACCAACAACUUCCAGACGGCUAAAGCAGCUGUGAGCGCCGCCACGGCUCAGGCGGCGGAGAGGGCGGCCUCCAGCGUCCGGGACUUGGCCCAGAGGAGUUUCCGUCUGUCCAUGGACGUCCGGCUGAAGGCCCCCCUCAUCAUCAUCCCCCAGUCCUCGUCCUCCCACAACGCUCUGGUGAUGGACCUGGGUCUGAUCACGGUGGAGAACAGCUUUGCUCUGCUGCCUGUUGAAGGAUGUCCGCUGCCGGCCGUCAUCGACAACAUGGACGUUCAGCUGACGGAGCUCAAGCUGUCCAGGACCUGUGUGGACCUGGACUCGGGCCAGCCCAGCACCGAGCUGCUGGAACCGGUGAAUCUGCACCUGAACGUCCGGAGGAACCUGUCAGCGUCCUGGUACCAGAAGAUGGCGGCGGUGGAGGUCAUCGGAGACCUGAAGCCCAUGAAGUCCACAUGUAACCCACCAAAGCUGGAACUCAGCCAGGAGGAUCUGACGGUGCUGCUCCGGAUCCUGACGGAGAACCUGGGGGACGCCGGGGGCAGCCGCGGCCCUGGUACCAGCAGGCAGGAGGCCGGGCUGCAGGUCCAGGCCACAGCUCCACUCACAGGUGAGACGGAGAGGCCAGCAGAGAGCAGGGAGGAGGAGGAGGAUGAACCUCUGGAGACCCUCAGGUUCACCUUCAACAUCGAGUCUCUGGGUCUGGUUCUGUACCACGAACCCAAACAGCAGUCGUCAGACCUCCGGCACCAGCAGAACCUGAGGCUGGGGGAGUUCGCCCUGCACCUGCUGAAGACGUCGGGGAAGCUGCUGAGCAACGGCAGCAUGGAGGUCAACACGGUGCUGACCGACUGCACGCUGGACGACCUGAGGGCCGGCAUGGACCGGGCCACCUCCCGGAUGGUCAGGAGGAAGGAAGAGGACAGCUCAGAGAACAUGAUCGACGUGACGUACCGCCAGGGCGCUGAGAGAGAGGUGGUGGCCGUCCUGCAGAAGCUAUACCUGUGUGCCAGCGUGGAGUUUCUGAUGGCUGUUGCAGAUUUCUUCCUCCAAGCUCUGCAGAGCUCGGCCGCUGCCACGACUGCCGGCACGACCGCCGCCACGACGGACAGACUGCCGCUGAGACAGACGGCAGAGCCCAGACCUGCUGCCAGAACCGCGUCGGAGAGCAGGACGCAGCUGCGGGCUGUGAUCGUGGACCCGGAGGUGGUGUUCGUGGCCAGCCUGAUGAAGGCCGACGCCCCGGCGCUGGUCACCUCCUUCCAGUGCGACUUCAGUCUCCGGACGGAGGACGACGGCACCCAGAACAUGAGAGCCAACCUCCGAGAGCUGAAGGUGCUGGCCUGCCCCUUCAUCCGGACACAGCAGGACCAAGCCGUCACCACGGUGCUGAGACCCUGCUCGGUCGCCAUGGAAACCCAGAGCCAGCCCAACCAGCCGCUGAAGGGCUGUGUGACGGUGGAGGAGAUCAUCGUGAAGAUCUCCCCCGUCAUCAUCAACACGCUCACCACCAUCACGGCCGCCAUGACCACCAAGCCCCGGGACCCGCAGAGCCCGGAGUCCCAGCUGGACGUCAGCGACCUGUGGUCCACCAUGGACAUCUACAGGUGUAACUUCUGGUUCCUGGGGGUGGACCAGGCCACGGAGAUGACCGAGAGCUUCAGGGAGAGGGACGGCUGUCGGGAGGGAGAGAGCUUCACCGCCGACAUCAAGGUGAUCCAGGUGACCCUGGAGUCUGGUCUGGGUCACCGUACGGUCCCUCUGCUGCUGGCCGAGUCCUCUCUCAACGGCCUGGCCCAGAACUGGUCCUCCCUGCUGCACCUGAAGGCCGACAUGACGCUGGAGGUGAACUACUUUAACGAGAUCCAUGCGGUGUGGGAGCCGCUGAUUGAACGGGUGGACGGAGGCCGACGCCGGUGGAACCUGGAGCUGGAGGUGAAGAACAACCCAGUCAUGGACAAGAGUCCGGUUCAUGGAGACGACUUCCUGCUCCUCCCUGAACCUCGCACCUCCAUCAACAUCUGCUCCAAGGACACCAUGAACAUCACCGUCUCCAAGUGCUGUCUCAAUGUGUUCCACAACCUCACCAAGGCAUUCUCAGAGGGCACUGCCUCAGCGUUUGACCACACCCUGAAGGAGAAGGCCCCCUUCACCAUCAGAAACGCUCUGGGAAUCCCCCUGAUCCUGCAGCACGGCGCCACCCUGAGGCCGGCGGGGGCCGCGGCUCCGGGGAAACUCCACGAGCUGGCGGUGGAUCAGAGCAUGGACCUGGAGCACGUCACCUUUGACCCGCUGCGCAGGGGAAAGCUGUCGGCUCUGCAGCGGCAGGAGAGCUGCCUCUUCAACCUCACCAUCGUGCCUUCCGGAUACAGUGAGAUGUCCAACAUCGCGGUGGACAAACCCGGCCGUCGCCUCUACAACAUCCGCGGGCCGAUGCUGCAGGAAGCCGUAGCCGUGCUGCUGCAGAUCGACGCCGCCGAGGGCAACAAAGUCAUCACCAUCCGCUCCCCCCUGCAGAUUCAGAAUCACUUCUCCGUGCCGUUCACCAUCCUGAGAUACUGUCCAGCUUCCAGAAGUCUGCAGAAAAUUGGAGAGGCGGAACCAGAAAAAGAGUUUCAUGUCACCUUAGAUGCUUACAGGUGUCAGCUGUUUGUGCGUCCGGCGGGCCGUCUGGACGGCCGCUACGCUCCGUCCUCCGCCUGCGUGGCCUGGAAGGAGCAGGUGCACCGCAGCUCCGAGGUGCGCUCGCUGCUGCAGUGUCCGGCGUCCGACAGCGCUCUGCUGCCGCUGAUGGUCGGCACGCUGGCCGUCCCCGACGACCUGCGACACAUCGCCAGCCACGGCGAGGAGGACUGGGACCCCGCCUACGUCAUCCACCUCCACCCGGUGGCCACGCUGCACAACCUGCUGCCCUACACGGUCCGCUACAUGAUGGAGAACUGCCCGGACUGUUACGAGCUUUCAGAAGGAGGAUCUUCUGAUCUGCUGAACGCUCGUGUUUCAGGGGAGAUCGUUUCCUUGGUUCUGAUCCGGUAUCAGGGCCGUGACUGGCACGGACACUUCAGGAUGGAACAGGACAUGCCAGAGUUCUGCUCCGUUUGUCUGGUCUGUGAGUCGGACACCAACCUGACGGUGGACAUAAGUGUUCACGUGACAAAGAGCGCGAGCCGCCUGCUGCUGUCGCUCUUCAGCCCGUACUGGAUCAUCAACAAGACACUGCGGGUUCUGCAGUACCAGGCCGAGGACAUCAACGUCAAACAUCCGUCGGACUACCGAGACGUGGUCCUGUUCUCUUUCAGGAAGAAGAACCUGUUCAGCAAGAGCAAGAUCCAGCUUUGCAUCUCCACCAGCUCCUGGUCUGACGGCUUCUCUCUGGACACGGUGGGAAGUUACGGCUGCGUCCGCUGUCCCGCCAGCAACAUGGACUACCUGUUGGGCGUAGGAAUCCAGAUGAGCAGCUUCAACCUGACUCGGAUCGUCACCAUGAGUCCUUUCUACACUCUGUUCAACAAGUCAGCGUAUGAGCUGGAGGUGGGAGAAGUUACCAGCCAGAGCUCUUACAGGUGGCACUACGUGGCCUCCACCGAGUGUGUCCCUCUGUGGCCGGAGAAGCCGUCGGGGAAGCUGUGUGUGCGUGUGGUGGGGUCCGAGUCCACCUCCAAGUCUUUCUUCUUCAGCCUCCAGGACAACGGCACGCUGCUGAGGACGGACACGUGCGGCGGGAUCAUCGUGGACGUGGACGUCUCCGACCACUCCACCGUCAUCAGCUUCAGCGACUACUACGAGGGAGCAGCCCCGGCGCUGCUGCUCAACCACACGGCCUGGGUCACCAUCAGCUACCGCCAGAGCGGUUCGUCGGUGAUCCACCAGCUGAAACCCAGCGAAGCUCGGCGCUUCGUUUGGGACGACCCGGCCGUCACCAGAACCCUCAGCUGGAGCUACAUGGAACAUUCCGGGGAGCUGGACUUGCUAAAGGAUGAGGUGGGCCAGUUCUCCUACGACAACAAGUCCCAGGUUCACUGGGUUUCCUUCCUGGACGGGCGGCAGCGGGUGCUGCUGUUCUCUGAAGACGCCGGCGUGGUGACCAAGGCUCGGCAGGCCGAGGAGCUGGAGCAGUUUCAGCAGGAGGUGAAGGUGUCGCUGCAAAACCUGGGACUGUCACUCGUCAACAACAGAAACCGGCAGGAGAUCGCUUACAUCGGAAUUACCAGCUCAGGGGUGGUUUGGGAGAUGAAGCCAAAGAAUCGCUGGAAGCCGUUCAGUCAGAAGACCAUCAACCUUCUGGAGAAGACCUACCAGAGUCAGCUGGCCGGGAAGUCCCAGGGGGGCUGGGUCAAUCUGGAUCCCAACCUGCAGGUGAACCUCAGCGGAGCUACCAUGAAGAUGCGCCAACCCAUUUCCUGCCCGGUGAGGAGGAACUUCCUGUCUGGGAUCCAGGUGGAGUUCAAGCAGUCGCUGCACCAGCGCAGCCUGAGGGCCCAGCUGCACUGGCUGCAGGUGGACAACCAGCUGCCGGGGGCCAUCUUCCCCAUCGUCUUCCACCCCGUUCCUCCUCCCAAGUCCAUUGCUCUGGACUCAGAGCCAAAGCCUUUCAUCGACGUGUCCAUCAUCACCAGGUUCAACCAGCACAGCAGCGUCAUGCAGUUCAAGUACUUCAUGGCUCUGGUGCAGGAGAUGGCGGUGAAGCUCGAUCAGGGCUUCCUGGCAUCCAUCCUGGCUCUCUUCACCCCAGCUGUGGACCAGCAGGCUGAAGGACAGAAGUCUGGAUUGAUCAACAGAGAUCUGCAGCUCCUGCAGGCUGAGCUGACGGAGGCGUCGCUCUCCGACUCCUCUGGACUCAGCUUCUUCGAGCAUUUCCACAUCUCUCCCAUCAAGCUCCACCUCAGCCUGUCUCUGGGCUCCAGCAGCGAUGACUCUGGUCAGGAGGCAGCUGCUCUUCAGUCCUUCAAUCUCCUGCUGAAGAGCAUCGGAGCCACGCUGACGGACGUGGACGACAUCAUCUUCAAGCUGGCCUUCUUCGAAGUGAAGUGCCAGUUUUACCGCAGAGAGAAGCUGAUGUGGGCGGUGUUGCGGCACUACAGCGAGCAGUUCUUGAAGCAGAUGUAUGUUCUGGUUCUGGGUCUGGAUGUCCUGGGAAACCCGUUUGGACUGAUCCGGGGUCUCUCUGAGGGAGUGGAAGCCUUCUUCUACGAGCCGUUCCAGGGAGCAGUUCAAGGUCCAGAUGAGUUUGCUGAGGGGUUCGUGAUUGGUGUCCGCAGCCUGCUGGGCCACACCGUCGGCGGUGCUGCUGGUAUGGUCUCCAAGAUCACGGGCUCGGUGGGUAAAGGCCUUGCAGCCAUCACCAUGGAUAAGGAGUACCAGCAGAAACGAAGAGAGGAGAUGAACCGGCCUCCUAGAGACUUUGGAGAGAGUCUGGCCAAAGGAGGAAAAGGCCUGCUAAAGGGCUUCGUUGGUGGAGUUACAGGAAUCGUCACCAAACCUGUGGAAGGAGCUAAGAAGGAGGGAGCAGCAGGCUUCUUUAAGGGCAUCGGUAAGGGUCUGGUGGGCGUUGUGGCCCAGCCGACCGGCGGCAUCGUGGACAUGGCCAGCAGCACCUUCCAGGGCAUCCAGAGUGGUUCGUUGAUCAGAGCAGAGCCGCGCACUGAUGCUGAAGCUGAGCUUUAACACGCAGCCGUUGCAUGUUUGCAUGCCGACCGUUGCAGCAGAAGGACGGUAAGUCGUUGCAUCGUGUCAGAGUCUGAUUUCAUCCAUCCAGUUUGGUCCAGUCCCGUCCAUCAGUCUGAUGCUGCUUGUUGCCCCGCCCCUCUGUAAGACCCUCAUCUUUGUGCAAGUCCAUCCACCUCACCCCUGAGGAGAGUCAGCUGACCUGCUGGGAGUGGGCGGGGGAGGGGUUUACAUCAUCACUGAAACUUUCCAUGUUGCAGCAUCUCCCAGCAUGAUGAUGAUUGACCCAUAAGUAAGCUCCUCCCUUCUUAUUUACGGUUGCUAACUUGGACAGUUUUACAAUGACCACUGUCUGUGUGAAAACCUCGUUCCAAGAUGUUUUCGAAUACUUUUGGACCCAAACCAUCUUCCAUGGAGGAACAUUCAGGUGGACUUAAACACGUCAUGGAGGGACAUGUUGAACAUCUACAGUAAAAUCUGGUUGGUGAUCAGGUCAACACUGUCGUCAUGGUUACAGAUGACAACAUGCAGGAUCAACACUCUUCAUGGUGUAGGGAAAGAUUAGAUAAAUUUACUUUAAUUAGUUUUGCCUAGAACAGGGGUCGGCAACCCAAAAUGUUGAAAGAGCCAUAUUGGACCAAAAACACAAAAAACAAAUAUGUCUGGAGUCGCAAAAAAUGAAAAGUCUUGUAUAAGCCUUAGAAAUGGCAAAAGACAAAAUUUCGAGAAAAAAGUCGAAAUGUUGAGAAAAAAGUCAAAAUGUCGAGAAAAAAGUCGAAAUGUCGAGAAAAAAAUCGAAAUGUCGAGAUUAAAAAGGAAAGGAAAAAGGAAGAAAAAAGAGGAAAAAAGGAAAAAAAGGUCAAACAUUUGUGAAAAAGCUCCAGGGAGCCACUAGGGCGGGGCUCAAGGGCCGCGGGUUGCCGACCCCUGGCCUAGUAAGACAUAACUUCAGAUAUAUUAUUACUUACCUAAGACUAGAUUAAAUUAAUAUUAUUUACAUGCAUAAUCUGAGAUGGACUAACGACACCAGAGGAGGUUAGCUGACUACUCGCAGACAAAGCCUGCAUUUCUAAGUAACCAUUGUGAUUGAAUAAGUUUAGGUAACAUUAAAGUUAAAAUCAUCGUUGCUUUGAUUGAUCUCAGAACAAAUGUAGACGUCCUUGUUGAUCUUCUGGACGUUAAUCCAAAGGGGGGCCAACAGCUCGGUUAUUUACAUCCUCACUCUCGUAACCCUUUUAAAGAAACAAUUUGAGAGUUAGUUGGGUUUUUGUGAGCUGUUGUGGGAUCGACUGUACUCAUAGAUUUAGCAAGAAAUCCGAGUUAUCGUUUUACAGACUGACGAAAAAUAAGCUUAAGAGAGACAAAUGGAUCGAUGCAAUUCACAGAAACAACUGGAUUCCAGACACCGAAACGUGGAUUUGCGGUUCCCAUUUUGUAUCAGGUAAUGUUGGAUUUUUGGGUAGCUAACGUUAAACGGUCAAAUCAUAAAGUUCAGUGUCCUCAUCACUUUAAUUUCGCCAACAAAUCCUGCCUUGAAGUCGGACCAAGCGUCAAGACUUUUGUAAGCCUUCAAGCUUUGCUUCGUCUAUUCCC